CGAGUGGAAACCUAACCUUGAUUUUUUUUAUAAAAUAAUUUCAAGAAAUAUGUAGACAUGUGUGGACAUGGCCUUUGAAAGGGUGGCCAUGCAAAGAAGAAGGACAAUCAAUCAGAAUGACAAAAACUUGCCCACUCGGAAAGGUUUGCAGCCACGAGAUCCCGAAAAAUACCGAAUUAAACGCUGAGGUUACAACAAGAAAAAGACAAAAGGAAAAAGGUAAAGGGAGAGGAAACCUCCCUUCCCCCCCCCCCCUUCUCUCCCCAAAAUGGAUGCUACGUGUUUGCGAACCAUUUACACGCCACUAAACUUAUGGAUCCUAAUAGGUCGAUCCAGCGGUGAGCUGACAAGCAGGAAAGAAGGGGGAAAAGCAGCAAUCGUGCGCGGGAACGAACGGACACCAAGUAAGAAAGAGGUAAAACUUGAUGCAUAUAAUAUUGCUUUUGCGAGUCUCUCGCUUGGCCCAACACAAACCUGCCCCCCCCUCCUUUCAAGCCCCCAAUUUGUCAACGGUUCCCAUCCCCGGAAUCCAAUAGUAUGAAAUGGAGUUGAGAAUCAAAAGCAAUGUUCUGUGUUCUGUGGUCUUGAGCCUUGCCCCGUUCAUCCUGGUGAGGCUCACAUCGGCGACAUCUCGUCGCAGUCUCCCCC